AUGUUCGAAAUCAACAAGCUCCCUCGGGAGCUGCGGGAUGGAAUCUACGAAGCUGCUGUAGUCGGAGAUGUGGUCAUUGUCGCCGCCACUGAGCUUCAAAAAUGCGAAAACACCUCUCGCUCUACCUGGCAGAUACUAAAAGUCCCCCAAUUAGGGGAACGGGAAUCGACCCGGCAAGAGUCCACGAAAAAUUCCGUCACGAACCCUUACCACCGUCAAUGCUCUACCGAGGAUGCUCCCAACCUGAACCUAGUCCAUACCAGCCACGAAGUUUAUGCAGAGUGCUGGCCGAUCUUUCACAAGCAAGAUAUUUACGACUUCACCAACGCAGAAACAACAGUCACCGCAGCGUCGAUGUGCCUGGCAUACCUCAACGAUCAAUCUCAGCAAGCUCUACUACCGAUCCGCAAAAUGCACCUAAUUAUUGGCCAGCCCCUGUACCACGAAGAUGGCGGGCUUAUCCCUCGACCCCUUUUGGCCCCAGCGGGUCUAACUCUAGUUUUAUCUGUCAACGGGACAGUCCCCAGCUUCAAGACAAUAAAUCCCGGCAACGGCGGUCUUCAACCCUGGGUGCAGGAGAUCUGCCAAAUUACCAACCUACGCAAGCUGGAAGUGGACGUGAACGUGACGGCCGACAAAGUGUACUAUGUAGGGCUCGAUGUAGGUUUGGAGCUGAUUAACCAUCUGCGAGCCAGGAUGCUGGCAAACGGGUCAGGGUUGGAGAAGGUGGGACUUGAGGAAUUUUUGUACACGAAGAAAGUGGUGGGAUGUUUGGCCUGGGUGGCGGUAUCGAACUAUGCCCUUCUGAAGAAGCUCGAUACAGAUGGCGAUCUAGUGCGAUAUUCGGCCGAGUUGACCGGAGAUGUGAUGGAAUAUAUCAGCAACGUAAGGAAAGAAUCGUUGAGUUGA